CCUCCGGAGGACAAUGAGGUGAGAACCGCUUCCGGCUGAGGAAACAUGGCAGCGACCUACAGUAGGGACCACAUUUGGGACAGGACCAUACGGCACUUCCGUCUGCAUCCCAGCUUCUGGAUGGUGUGGUACUGCUGAGUUCCAGCCAUGGGGUCUUCGGGCCUGGCUCGACUGCAGGGCCUCUUCGCGGUCUACAAACCUCCGGGGCUGAAAUGGCUGCACUUACGGGAGACCGUGGAGCUGCAGCUGCUUAAAGGUCUCAAUGCAUCAGCGAAACCUCCUGCUCCGAAACAGCGAGUUCACUUCUUGCUAGGCCCUGCAGAAGGCAGUGAGGAGAAGAAGUUGACUCUCACAGCCACCAGCGUGCCCACCCUCACUACCCACAGACUUGUACGUGGCCCAGCGUUCACCAGCCUGAAGAUUGGUGUUGGACAUCGCUUGGAUGGCCAGGCUUCUGGCGUUCUUGUGCUCGCCGUGGGACAUGGGUGCAGACUCCUCACCGACAUGUAUGAGGCUCACCUCACCAAGGAUUACACAGUGCGUGGCCUCCUAGGCAGAGCUACAGACAACUUCUGUGAAGAUGGGCGGCUGAUAGAGAAGACGACAUACGACCAUGUGACCAGAGAACUGCUGGACCGGAUCCUGGCUAUAAUCCAAGGCUCCCACCAAAAGGCACUGGUGAUGUACUCCAACCUGGAUCUGAAGUCCCAGGAGGCCUACGAGAUGGCUGUGCAGGGUGUGAUCCGGCCCAUGAACAAGUCCCCAAUGCUCAUCUCUGGCAUCCGCUGCCUGCACUUUGCACCUCCCGAGUUCCUUUUAGAGGUGCAGUGUAUGCAUGAGACGCAGCAGCAGCUGAGGAAGCUGGUGCAUGAAAUCGGCCUGGAGCUGAGGACCACCGCUGUGUGCGUGCAAGUGCGGCGCACCCGGGAUGGCUUCUUCAGGCUGGAUGAUGCCCUCCUGAGGACGCAGUGGGACCUACACAGCAUCCAGGACGCCAUCCAGGCUGCGGCCCCCCGGGUGACAGCAGAGCUGAAAAAGAACUUGAGACUAAGGUGGGGCCACCAGCAGCUCCCCAGUGCUGGGCAGCCUUGCGGCUCCAAGGACCCAAGCUCCACUUUGGGGGUGGAAAGCUCUGUGGGGCAGUGAUGCCCGAUGUGGGUGGGCAAAGACAAAGGCUUUUUACAAGUCAGAGCUGAUGGCCGUGCAGAGAGUGACCUCAAGGGCCUGAGCAGUGCCCACGCCUGCCAUCCCAGCGAAACAGAAAAAGGGGAAAAGGGAGUCUUUCUACUUGAGACACAGACGAACUGCAGGGAUGAGCUGUGUGUGGCGGCAGGGCCUAUCAUCUUAGCUAUUCGGGAAGCUCAGGCUAGAAUCUUGACCGUUGAAGGCCAGCCUGGGGUUACACUGUGAAACCGUGUCUCAAAAGUCAAAUCAGAGUCAGAUGUGUAAUUGAAGCACUCCAGAGGUAGAAACAGAAGAUCAGGAGUUCAAGGUCAUCCCAGCCACAGUGAGUUUAAGGCCAGUCUGGGCUGUUUCCAGUGUUUAGUUUUUCACCGAGAUGGGGAAUGUCACCCCAACACCUAACAACCAAUGGUGAUUUAUUUGGAUUCAUAUGACUGAUUUAACUGAAUGUAUUUGUACCCUAGGGAAAAGUCUUUUCACUGUUUUAAGGUGGUGUCUCACACCUGUGAUCUCAGUACUAAGCUGAGGCAGGAGGAUGACUCUGAGUUUGAGGCCAGCCUAAACUUUCUAGAGUACUUUAUAGUACAUGUCAGAAUUUAAUCCUUUAACCAGUCAUAGUGGUUACAGACCUGUAAUCACCACAUGGGUGGUGGAGGCAGGGGGAUCAGGAAUUCAAGGUCAUCUUUGGCUAUAUGAGUUCUAGGGUACAUGAAACCCUAUCUCCAAAAUAAAAAGCCCAAAAUUACUUUAAAAA